AUGGCUGCAAAUCCUGAUAGGGAAGAGAGUGCUCUGUUUGAAAAGAAUGGCGUUAACGUUGUUGCCUCGCCUUAUGAAGGCACCGAUGCUUCGGUUGCAUCUGCCAAGGCUGACAUGAACCUUUUUGAUCGCUUUGUGGAUAGUUUUCGUCGUUUUGACGAGACUGAGUUGGACUUGGAUCCAAAUUUGACUGAUAUCGAAAAGGCUGCCAUUAUCACUGCCCAGUCGCCUUUGUCCCGUUCGCUUAAAUCCCGUCACUUGCAAAUGAUUGCUAUUGGCGGUGCUAUCGGUACAGGUUUGUUUAUUGGUUCAGGUAAGGUUUUGGCCAACGGUGGCCCUGCCUCGGUUUUAAUCGCUUACGCCUUGAUUGGUGUGAUGAUUUUUUGCAUGGUCCACGCUUUGGGAGAGUUGGCUAUUUGUUUCCCAGUGUCUGGUGCCUUUGUUACUUAUAAUGUUCGUUUCAUUGAUCCUUCUUGGGGUUUCGCUAUGGCCUGGAAUUACGCUAUGCAAUGGUUGGUCAUUCUUCCCCUUGAAUUGGUCGCUGCCGCUAUCACGAUUCAGUUUUGGGACGAUAGAACCAAUCCAGCUGCUUUCUGUGCGGCAUUUUACGUUUUGAUUAUUGCUAUUAAUUUAUUUGGUGUGAAGGGUUACGGUGAGGCAGAAUUUAUUUUCUCUGCUCUCAAAAUUUUGGCUGUCAUUGGGUUUAUUAUCCUUGGUAUUGUUUUGGUUUGUGGUGGUGGCCCCAGGGGUGGCUACAUUGGUGGAAAGUACUGGAGCAAUCCAGGUGCUUUCAACAACGGCUUCAAAGGUCUCUGUGCCGUGUUCGUUACUGCUGCAUUUGCUUUCUUGGGUACUGAAUUAGCUGGUUUGGCUGCUGCUGAAACUAAGAACCCAAGAAAGUCUCUUCCAAGAGCCACCAAACAGGUCUUCUGGAGAAUUACCUUGUUCUACAUUGUGUCUCUUGUCGUGGUUGGCUUGUUGGUUCCAUACAACAAUGAGGACUUGAAGAAGUCCGACGGUACCGCCAGAUACUCUCCAUUUGUCAUUGCUAUUGAGGCUGCUGGUAUUGGUGGCUUGCCAUCUGUCAUGAAUGCCGUCAUUAUCAUUGCUGUCUUGUCUGUCGGUAACUCUUCUGUGUUUGGCUCUUCCAGAACCUUGUGUGCUUUGGCUGCUGCCGAUAUGGCACCAAAGAUUUUCGGAUACAUUGACAAGAAGGGUAGACCUAUUUUUGGUAUUGCAUUGCUGGCUGUUUUCGGCUUGCUUUGUUUCAUUUCUGCUUCUGACAAGCAAGGUGAAGCAUUCGACUGGAUGUUGGCUAUUUCCGCCUUGUCUGCUGUUUUCACUUGGGCUUCCAUUUGUCUCUGUCACCUUCGUUUCAGAUAUGCCUUGAGAUACAAUGGUAGAGGUACCGACGAAUUGGCUUUCACUUCAUUGGCUGGUGUCACUGGAUCCGUCUUUGGUUUGACCUUGAAUAUCUUGGUUCUUGCUGCUCAGUUCUGGAUCGCUCUUUUCCCUCUUGGAGAAAAGCCAAGUGCCGAGGGCUUCUUCAAGGCUUACUUGUCCUUCCCUAUUGUCAUCAUUUUCUACGUUUUCCACAAGAUCUGGAAGAGAAACUGGAGAUUGUACAUCCCCAUUGAUGAAGUGGAUAUCGACACUGGACGUAGAGAGAUGGACUUGGAGGCUUUGAAGCAAGAAAUUGCCGAAGAGAAGGCAUGGCUUGCAUCGAAACCAUUAUACUACAGAGUUUAUAACAUCUUCUGCUGA